AUGAUCAAAUUAGACUUUCAAACUCCUCUUCUUUCUUCUGUUUAUUUUUUACCUUUCUCCCUUUCCCCCGCUUCUCGAGUCAAUGAUGUACUUUGGAAAUGGCCGCCGAUAGUGUUCGUCAUCUACCGACUGUUACUUGCUUUCUUCACUGUUGGUUCCCUGUCAGCGUUCAUCGCCAAAAACAUUUUCCUUCCGCAUCACCUUAUGGCCUACAUGACAAGCUGGAGUUACAUUCUUCUUGCCCUGCAUUUUAAUUUUUCGGCUAUAAUUGUUGUGUAUCGAUUCUGUCGAAGCAUCUGUCUUCCUGAUGAACGGGACCCAGAGGAUAAUGACACCUUGAAAAGCGACUCUUCUUCCUCCUGCUCGCCGUCCCAUACUAUCUACCCACACAUGAGCAGCAGGAACACGUUUGAAGAUAUUAGCGUUCAUGGGAUCAAUAGUGUUUUGGUUAUAUUUGAGAUGAUCGUCUCUGCCUACCCUGUUCGCCUCCUGCACGCUCUGUACACAAUCAUUUUUGGACUGCUUUAUAUAAUCUUCACGUUGAUUUAUUGGUCGCAGGCGCCAUUGGAAAAUAUUAUCUACCGUGGCAUGUUGGAUUGGAAUCGACCGAAGAACGCCUUAAUUCUGUCUUUCGUUCUUCUGUUUUUGGUUGUACCAUUCUUACAGACAUUUUUUUUCCUCCUCUAUAAAUGCCGGCUGCGUUGCUACCGCAGUCUUUAUAACGAAAACUAUACGACGUGA